AUGGCAGACAAGACUAUCAAUAUCCCUUCGCGGCCCGGAGCUCAGAAGGUGCGAAGAGUAAGCUCUGAGGAUGUGACCUUAGACUCACUCAACGUGCGCGGCCCAACCGUGGUCGUGCCACCAGAGCUUCUGUCAAAUCCCGGUGGUGCCAGUGAAAUCGCACUGGCUAUGGAAAUGGCCCGUCUGGAGAUCGAAGACGGCGAAUCUGGAGAAUCUCCUUCUACACCUCCGGAGACCACAGUCACCGACAAAUUCGCAUUUGCUUUCGACAUUGACGGUGUACUCAUUCGUGGUGGUCGACCGAUCCCGGAGGCUGUCGAGGCCAUGAAGGUGCUCAACGGCCAGAAUCAAUGGGGAAUCAAGGUCCCAUACAUCUUCGUUACCAACGGAGGAGGCAAGACUGAGCAAGAGCGAUGCAUCCAACUCAGCAAACAGAUGGAGAUCGAAGUCUCACCCGGUCAGUUCAUCUGUGGACACACACCAAUGCGGGAAAUGGCCGAGAAGUACAACACCGUUCUGGUCAUCGGAGGAGAAGGCGAGAAGUGCCGACAGGUGGCAGAGGGAUACGGUUUCAAAGACGUCGUUACUCCCGGGGAUAUCAUCAAGGACAACCCGGACACCACACCAUUCCGCAAACUUACACAGGAGGAGCUGGACAACUCCCGUGUCCGUGAUUUCAAGACCACCAAGAUCGAAGCCAUCUUCGUCUUCGCAGACAGCAGAGACUGGGCGGGCGAUCAGCAGAUCAUCCUCGAUGUGCUCAUGUCCAAGGGCGGAGUUCUCGGCACACGUUCGGCGACCUUCGACGAAGGCCCACCAAUCUUCUUCUCCCACAACGACGUCGUCUGGUCCGCAUCUCACGACCUGACUCGACUAGGAAUGGGCGCUCUCCGGCUCUCCGUCGAAGCGAUGUUCAAAGCCGUAACCGGCAAACCUCUCGAGACAGUCGCCUUUGGCAAGCCCCAAAUGGGCACCUUCCACUUCGCCACCCGUCUACUAAAGCAAUGGCGCAAGGACACCCACGGCAUCGACGCCCCACCGGAGACGGUCUACUUCGUCGGCGACACCCCCGAAUCGGACAUCCGCGGCACCAACGAGUUCAACACGACCUCGGACAACACCUGGUACUCGAUCCUCGUCAAGACCGGCGUGUACGAGCCGGGCACCGAGCCGCGCUACCAACCUCGCGUCAUCGUCGACCACGUCCUCGACGCCGUCAACCUCGGCAUCCAGCGCGAACAACAGCGCGAGCAGAAGCGCCUCAUGAAACACGCCCUCGAUACUCGCGCGGAUCCCAUGGACAGCAUUAAAGCUUAG